AUCGACGGUUUGUUCAAGUCAGGCAAAAUCUGUGAUGUGCAAGAUCUUAUUUAUGAGAUGCAUGUUAGUGGCCAUACGCCUGAUAUAAUAUUUUACAAUAUUUUAUUAGAUGGAUUGCGCAAAAGCCAACAUCUUGACCAAGCAAUUGCAUUAUUUAAGCAAAUUGUUAACCAAGGAAUUCGGCCUGAUACUUCCACAUAUACCAUACUUAUUGAUGGUUUGUGUGAGGGUAAGAGAUUAAGUGAUGCGCAACAGAUUUUUCAGCUUCUUUUGGGUAAUGGUUAUCCUUUGAAUGUCCAAGCAUAUACUGCUAUGAUCAAAGGACUUUGUAAAGAGGGUUUAUAUGAUGAGGCAAAGGCCUUGCUCUAUAAAAUGAAAGAGAAUGGAUGCUUACCUGAUGCUAUAACUUUUGAAACACUUAUUAUACCUCUUUUGGAAAAAGGUGAGAAUGAUGAGGCAAAGAAUCUUGUCGACAAAUUAUUCAGCAAGAUGGUGGAUGAUGCCGUGAAUCUCUUUAAAGAAAUGCGUCAUAAAAGCUUGACUCCCAAUACUAUCAUCUAUAGUUCUCUUAUCGACGGUUUGUUCAAGUCAGGCAGAAUCUCUGAUGUGCAAGAUGUUAUUUAUGAGAUGCAUGUUAGUGGCCAUACUCCUGAUAUAAUAUUUUACAGUAUUUUAUUAGAUGGAUUGUGCAAAAGUCAACAUCUUGACCAAGCAAUUGCAUUAUUUAAGCAAAUUGUCAACCAAGGAAUUGGGCCUGAUACUUACACAUAUACCAUACUUAUUGAUGGUUUGUGUAAGGGUAACAGAUUAAGUGAUGCGCAACAGAUUUUCCAGCUUCUUUUGGUUAAUGGUUAUCCUUUGAAUGUCCAAGCAUAUAAUGCUAUGAUCAAAGGACUUUGUACAGAGCGUUUAUAUGAUGAGGCAAAGGCCUUGCUCUAUAAAAUGAAAGAGAAUGGAUGCGUACCUAAUGCUAUAACUUUUGAAACACUUAUUAUACCUCUUUUGGAAAAUGGUGAGAAUGAUGAGGCAAAGAAUCUUAUCGACAAGGUAUUCAUCAAGGUCUCUUGA